AUGCAGUCUAUUCUACAUCCCGUUAUUGGCCCGAAAAAGGAUAUACACGAUCUUAAUGGCAGAGUCGCUCUCAUCACUGGCGGUGCCAUGGGCAUAGGCUUCGAAAUCGCCAAAGCGUUUGUUCAGAACGGAGCGCGAGUGAUCAUGGUCAACCGCAAGGAAGAGCAAGGUGAAGAGGCUAUCAAGAAGAUUAAGGAAGAGUGUGGUCAGGAUGCGAAGAUCGAAUGGGAAGGAUGCGAUAUGGGCACGCUCAAGGAGGUCAAAGAGGUCUUCACGAAGAUACGAGAGCGCGAGGAGCGACUUGACUUGGCGAUGUGGCUCAUUCUUUCCGCCGGCAUUAAUGCAAACCAAUACGGAGAGACCAACGAUCACAUUGACCGCCACUUCCAAAUCAAUUGGCUUGGACAGUUCUAUGUGGUCAACCUGCUGUACCCCCUGCUUCGGAAGACAUCCAAGAUGCCUGAUACGCCUGCACCCCGUAUCGUAUUCGAGUCAUCAGAGCAGCAUCGCGCGGCUCCUUCGGUAGUCCAUUUUGGCUCGCUUGAUGAGAUCAACAACCCGGAGAUCGGCAAUCUGGAAGUGUACGGCAGGACGAAGCUGGCCAUCAUCCUCGGCGUCAAGUACGGUCUGCUCGAUCGGGUCAUCAAGCCGAAUAACGACAACAUCUACGCUCUCUCGGUCCAUCCAGGCGCGGUAAAUACCGCCAUGCAGCAACAGUGGAAAGAUGCUUACCCCGGUCUAUUCGGCAAGAUAGUGACCGCUAUCAUGCUCGCCGGUGGACGCGACGUUGAGCAAGGUUCUUACAGCGCGUUGUACGCUGCGACCAGCCCUGAGGUCGAGGAGAAAGGCUGGAAUGGCUACUACUUUAAUGAUCCUGGCCAGCCUGGUAAGGAGACGAAGCAAGCCUCUGAUCCGGCUCUAGGUGCUGCCUUAUGGGACCUGAGCACUCGGAUCAUCGAGGACAAGGUCGGUAAUGAUGCAUUGGUGGACUGGAAUGCUACUUCGUGA